UUUAUGUGUAUAUUUUUGAUGCGUCCGUGUCCGACAGCUCGUCCUCACCCACCCGCUCUUGUCCUCUUGUCCUCUGUUUGUCAGAGUCUCCCGUUGGUCAGAUGCGUCCUCCUCACGGCAGCGCCACGCCGCAGAAGAACAGCAACCUCCUGGUCAUCAUCGUGGUUUCCGUGGGCGCCGUCACCGUGGUGGUGGUCGUCAUCGUGGCUCUGAUCUGCACGCGGCGCUCCUCGGCUCAGCAGAGGAAGAAGCGAGCGAGCCACAGCGCCAGUAAGAGAAAGGGCAGCCAGAAGGACCUGCGACCUCCUGACCUGUGGAUCCACCACGAGGAAAUGGAGAUGAAGAACAUCGAGAAGGCGCCCAGUGUCGCCCCCUCUGGACGCGACUCGCCCAUCCAGUCCUGCCAGGACCUCCCCCAGGUCGCUCACAGCCAAUCAGAGAGCCAGAUCGGCAGCAAGAGCAGCCACUCGGCAGCCGACGCUGACGAGGUUUCCAGCAGUAUCUCCACUCUGGAGCGCUCCCUGGCUGCCAGGAGGGGAACUCGCGGGAAAAUGAUGAUUCCCAUGGACUCACAACCGAGCAACACGCCGGUGGUCAGUGCCAUCCCAGUACCAGCUCUGGACUCGUCUCAGUAUCCUGGGAUUCUGCCGUCGCCGUCCUGCAGCUUCACGCACAACAAGUUCAGCCUGCGACCGAUGCCUUUCCCCAGUCUGACUGUGGACAGAGGAUACACGACAGUGAUGCCCUCGGACGCCUCGGCCACCCCUCUCCUCCAGCAGCAGCCUCCGCCACAGCAGGCUCCUCCGCUCCUCCCAGGCUCCUCCGCUCCACCCGUGGAGCACGUGCCCGGUGUGGGCGUGGGUCCGGUCCCCGGAGCUCCGUCCGCGGCCGUGGCCGUGGAGGAGGCGCAGGCGGCGAGCAGUCGGACCAUCCCGACGGCCUGUGUCCGGCCCACACAUCCGCUACGGAGCUUCACCAACCCGCUGGUGCCGCCACCCAUGGGGACGAUCGACCCGAAGGUCUACACCUCCAUGUUACCACAGUCCAGUGCGAGUCUCCCGAAGCCUCAGGUGAAGACGGCCUCUCUGGGUCAGGCCGGUAAGGCUCGCUCUCCUCUGCUGCCCGUCUCAGUCCCGACGGCGCCGGACUUACCGGAGGAGGGAGGAACAAAAGCUGCGGACGAUUCGGCUGCAAACGUUUACGAGCAGGACGACCUGUCGGAGCAGAUGGCCAGUCUAGAAGGACUGAUGAAGCAGCUCAACGCCAUCACCGGCUCCGCCUUCUAACCUCCGACGUCCCGCCCGGCCCAGCACUCGGUCACAGUCCAGCGAGGAAACCCCGUCUUUAAACCUGGACAUUCACCUGCCGUCAGGUCAGUCCGGGUUUGAAGACGACGUCUGUGGAACCGAGAUUGUUCUGGUUUGUUCUGACCUCGGCUGGUGUUUUGGGGACUGGACAGAAGGGAAGUGGACAGAGAAUUAAAAGCAUCAACUCCACGAACAGGACGAGGUGUGAAGGUCUUCAGCAGGAGGUCAAACUGAAACCCCCGGUAGAUCCUUCAACCUCCAUCACAGAACUAGAAAAACCCAAUGCCUAGCGCCUCGACAUAACAAAAACAGGAGGGAGGGAUCAUCACAAAAAAAACAAGGUACCGUUAUACGAGCCCUCCUGUUUCUCUUCUUCGUGGUAUUUAUUUGCGUCCUCCUCCACUGAGUUCUGAACGACUCGGUUACUGUGACUGUACCUCACUUAUUUUCCAUAAUUACUGUUCAAAGUAUUCCUUUUAUUUUUCUUUGGGGGUAUUUUACCUUUGUGCAGUUACAGGAUGUAUACGUGCUUUUAAAAAGAAGUUCCCAGGAUCGACGUAAUCUGCAGCCACCAAAGUUUCUUCUUUUUUUCUCCACCUGGAUCUUAACGAUGGCCGUCACAGUGAUGUCAGGUGACACCAUUUCCUGGCUAGUUUUUUCCUUCACUGGGACCAGAAAGUGUUCCAGACUUCACCAAUCACCCGUCAUCCUUUUCCAUCUCUGGAUCCUGAGGUAAAGAGAAAAAAAGAAAAGAUAAAGGGAUUAAAACUGUGAUUUUUGACGGAUCAGAAUGGUGUGGAUUUGACUCGGCUCUUGAACGACAGAAACAUCUGCUGCUCUCUCUCCACCGAGCCUUUAACUCCAAUCUUUACCGACUCGUGUUGUUGCCAGAUUCUCCAUCUUGGUACUUAUCGUGACGUCCUUUGAUUUCGCUCCCUGCUCGAUUCAGUGAACUGGAAAAGGAGCUAACGUUGGGAACUAACGUCAAACAGUUUCUGGAUUUUUCAGCAAUUAAAAAUUCAGUCUGAUUGUGUCCGUCGUGAAAUUUAGUCGCUCUGAACACACGACACGUUGUGCGUGUUGUCGCCCCCUGCUGGUUGGAGUACUAAAGAGUUGAAAUGUGUUGGCUUUUGGAGGCAAAUUCCAAAGUGGAGUUUGUAAGUUGUAAGCUCCGCCCCGUGUUUAAAUUAUAAUUUGGCUUCACUGUGAUUUAAAAAUGAACAACUGUGAAAGAGUUGUGACAGCGACAGGAUCAAGAAUCAGCUUUUUUUCUUUUAUAUAUAAUUAUUUUGUUAUUGUUAUGAUUAUUAC